UUUCAAAAAGUUGAUGGAGUGAAACAUAUUAACCCUUUUCUUCAUUUUUUUUCCCAGAACCUUUGUUUCAUUUUGCCACAAUUUUUGUACCAGUUCUUCUGUGGAUUCUCACAGCAGCCACUGUAUGAUGCCGCUUACCUUACAAUGUACAAUAUCUGCUUCACAUCCUUGCCCAUCCUGGCCUACAGUCUACUGGAACAGCACAUCAAUAUUGACACAUUGACCUCAGAUCCCCGAUUGUACAUGAAAAUAUCUGGAAACGCCAUGCUACAGUUGGGCCCAUUCCUAUACUGGACAUUUCUAGCUGCAUUUGAAGGAACAGUGUUUUUCUUUGGGACUUACUUUCUUUUUCAGACUACAUCCUUAGACGAAAAUGGAAAGGUAUAUGGAAACUGGACUUUUGGAACCAUUGUUUUUACAGUCUUAGUAUUCACCGUAACUCUGAAGCUCGCCUUGGAUACUCGUUUCUGGACAUGGAUCAACCACUUUGUGAUUUGGGGUUCUUUAGCAUUUUAUGUAUUUUUCUCAUUCUUCUGGGGAGGAAUUAUAUGGCCAUUCUUGAAACAACAGAGAAUGUAUUUCGUAUUUGCUCAAAUGCUGUCAUCUGUAUCCAUAUGGUUGGCCAUAAUUCUUCUAAUAUUUAUCAGCCUUUCCCCUGAGAUGCUCCUGAUAGUAUUAAAGAGUGUAAGAAGAAGAAGUGCCAGGAAUCCGAAUCUUGAACUGCCUAUGUUAUUGUCCUACAAGCAUAUUGACAGUGGUUACAGAUAAGAGAGAAAGCAUGAAGAAACAACUUCAAAAAGUUACCAUCUCAGGAUACUUGAUAUGCAACAAACUAAACCACUAUUUUACAUCUGAGGUUCAGAAUAAAAUGUCCAGUAAAA